AUGUACAAGGGGGUGUACAACGGCAAACAACGGCACAUAGCCGACUUGUCAGGUGUAAUUGAUAGGGCAAGAAAGGUUGGCGUUACCAAGAUGCUGCUCACCGCAGGGACACUGGGUGAUAUAUACGACGCCUUGGACAUAUGCGAAGAAUAUGUCGCAGAUAAGGAAGGCAUAUCCCUGUUCACAACGGCUGGGGUGCACCCGACCAUGUGCAACGAAUUCAUACGCAAUAAAUUCAAGAAGACCCCGGAGCAAUACAUGCAAGCUCUGGAUGAGAUUAUUGAAAAGCACCGAAACCGCAUAGUGGCAAUUGGCGAGCUGGGGCUAGACUACGACCGGCUAAAUUGGUGCGAGAAGGACGUUCAGAAAAAAUACUUUGAGAUGCAACUGGACCUCGCUGCCAAGCAUAAACUGCCGUUAUUCUUGCACAUGAGGAACGCCACUGAAGAUACCAUGGAUAUUCUUAUGCGGAAUAAAGAAAAAUGGGCGGAGGCUGGUGGUGUCUGCCACAGCUUCACCAGCGAUGAGGCUUCCCUGCAGAGGCUCAUAGACGAAGGAUUCUACAUUGGGAUCAACGGCUGCUCAUUAAAAACUUCCGAUAACCUGGAAGUGCUCAAGAAAGUCCCGUUGGAGAAGAUCAUGCUGGAGACCGACUGCCCAUGGUGUGGCAUUAAACCGACACAUGCCAGCAGCCAGUACGUCAAAACCGUGUUCCCGGUCGUCAAGAAAGCUGAAAAAAUGACCGGAGAGACCAUCUUCAACCAACGGAACGAGCCUUGCCACAUAAUACAAGUUGCCGAGGUUGUGCACCAAAUCGUCGCUCCGGAAAUGGAAUUCAAAGAGUUCUGCGAUGUGUAG